GCGAGCGCGCGUCGCUGCGUGCGUGUGCGUCCGCGGAGAGAGAGAGGGAGAAAGAGUGGGAGAGACAGAGAGAGCAAAUAAGCAACUUUGUUACCAGGCAUAGCUGUGUCUCCUCCGGCACCGCGUGGUAAAAGAGAAGCAUUUGGCAGUUAUGGUUGAUCAGCGUUUCUUUCAUCCUCUCCGGUGCAUUAGAGGCGACGAGCGCGCUCGCACUCAAUAGAUCCUGUUUCCCUCUUUUCGUGUUGACGGAUUAAACAGGAAAGAUGCGCUGAAAUACCCAAACGAGCCUGCAUCUUCAUCAAUGUGCGUGAGAUGACAUUGAGGAUACCUUAGCAGGACUGUGAGCUCGGGGCCAUCAUUUUGCAGGAAAAUGCAUCUUUGGAUUUCCUAUGUUUUGCUAAGUGCAACGUCAGUGUGCACUGUUGAGAUGUUUGGCAGUUAUGGAGAAAUAUGUCAGAGACUGUGUGGCUGCGAGGAAAGAGAGGGGAUCCUCACAGUAAGCUGUGAAAACAAAGGAGUUGUGAGCCUCUCAGACAUAAGCCCAGUGUACUUCUCCCAGUAUCAUCUGCUGCUUACAGGGAAUCUUUUGAAAAAGCUAUCUGCCAAUGAUUUUGUCGAGUACAAAGGACUUACAAUAUUACAUCUGGGAAAUAAUGACAUAUCUGAGGUUGAAGCAGGAGCUUUUAAUGGACUUCAGGGAUUAAAACGAUUGCAUCUCAACAAUAACAAAAUCGAUGCCUUGAAGGAAGAGUUUUUCUUUGGCCUUGAAAGUCUGGAAUAUCUACAAAUUGAUUACAAUUAUAUCACUCAUGUGGCGCCUAAUGCCUUGAGCAGGCUUCGACAUCUGGAGGUCCUGAUUCUAAAUGACAACUUAAUAUCUACUCUGCCUGUGAACAUUUUCCAGUAUGUACCACUGACUCAUUUGGACUUAAGGGGGAAUCAGCUCAAAGUGCUCCCCUACUCAGGUCUGCUGGAGCACAUGAACAGCGUUGUGGAGUUGCAGCUGGAGGAGAACCCGUGGAACUGUUCGUGUGAGCUGAUAGCUCUCAAAACUUGGCUCGAGAGCAUAUCGUACACAGCUUUGGUCGGCGAUGUUGUUUGUGAGUUCCCUUUCCGGCUUCAUGGGAGAGAUCUUGAUGAGGUUUCGAAACAGGAACUGUGCCCGAGGAGAGCCAUAGCUGAAUAUGAGAUGCCACCCCUGCCACAUUUGAGCACCGAUGCAUACUAUAGGACCACGCCAGCUCUAGUCACAGCCUCCUUCACCUCAUCUGGGAUUGCACGGUCCUCAUCAAGACCCACUAAGGGACCUCGCCAGUCAGGCAAAUUAAAAUCAAGGCCCACUGCUCGCAUCCCAUCUAAUAAACCACAAAAUUAUGGGCAAAUUAUUUCAUAUCAAACCAAAUCCCCCGUGCCUUUAGAUUGCCCAACUGCCUGCACUUGCAACCUUCAAAUUUCAGACCUCGGUCUAAAUGUGAACUGUCAGGAGCGAAAGAUUGAGCAUAUCUCUGACUUAAAUCCCAAACCAUACAAUCCCAAAAAGAUGUAUCUAACAGGGAAUUAUAUCCCAGUGGUGCGCCGAUCAGACUUUAUCGAAGCGACUGGAUUAGAUUUGCUUCAUCUUGGUAACAAUCGAGUAUCUCGCAUACAUGACAGAGCUUUUGGCGAUUUGACACAUCUAAGACGACUGUACCUUAACGGGAAUCUGAUUGACCAUCUUGCAGCAGAGAUGUUCUAUGGACUAGAGUCCCUGCAGUUCUUAUAUUUAGAGUACAACGUCAUUAAAGAGGUUGCUUCGAACACCUUUCAGUAUGUGCCCAAACUUCAGCUUCUUUUUCUCAACAAUAACCUUUUGAAAACUCUACCCGUGGGGACAUUUAUUGGUCUGACAUUAGCCAGACUAAAUCUUCGCAACAACCACCUGCGAUACCUGCCGGUCAGCGGUGUGCUCGAUCAGCUUACAGCGCUGGUGCAAGUUGAUUUGUUUGAGAACCCCUGGGAUUGCUCUUGUAGCAUACUGGAGCUGAAGAUGUGGCUGGAGCAGCUUAGCACAGGCACGGUUGUAAACAAUGUCAUCUGUGGCUCGCCUAAGAGGUUAGCUGGGGAAGAUAUGAGAUACAUUAAGACAGCUAAUUUCUGCCCUAAUAACUCUGAUAUACUUGCCUCAAUGAUCCCCCCCUCUGAAGAAUCGUUCCCUGGCAGCACUAUCACCAUAGAAACAUCCUUGGACUCUGACACACAAUACAGCACCAUUCCUUUAUCUGUGAUGAUUCUUGCCCUUCUCCUUAUGUUCAUUGUGUCAGUGUUUGUGGCUGCAGGGUUGUUUGUGGUCAUGAAAAAGAGACGUCAGAAGAGCCAAAACGAGCACAACAACUCCAUGAACGCUUGCAUCAGCUCUCUCAACAUGGAAUAUGGCCUUUACAAAAAGGGAUCCAUUCCCAAAGUCAGAACAUCUGCUGGACAUGUAUACGAGUACAUCCCACCUCCUACAGAAUCCACAUGCAGAACUCACGCCCAGACCCCGACGGACAGCAAAUUAGCGGAUGGAUUUAGAGACUUUGAUGAGUUGAGCGGCGCUUUUUUGGGUAACUCGGAUGAAGAGGCAGCCAGUAAUGUAAUGAGCUCGGAGUACAGUGCCACCACUCCAGAGCCUCUUAACAAGCCCUCCAGCCCUCACCAAGACGAUCAGUGCUACUACAGAGAUGUACUCGAGCCUGACAAGCACACACGCUACAGCAAUACGUUGCCAUGCAGGCAUGCAGCACAUUCAUCAAGUCAGUAUACCUCAGACUUUGAUGCAAGGCAUCAAUACGUGCACCCAGACAGAAUACAACAGACAAUACUCUAUUGUGCGGCACCAAGUACUGUGUAUGUGGAGCCCAACAGGAGCGAGUACUGGGAGCUGAAAGCAAAGCUUCAUAUUGACCCUGACUACCUUGAGGUCCUUGAAAAACGAACGACAUUCACACAGUUUUAAGAGACUUGACCCCUGCACGGUCCAAAUGGAUGCACUAAUGCAAUGUAUCCAUUUCAAUCAGGAAUCAGACCAUGUUUAAAAAACAGGCAGAACUAUUUCAACACCUUUAUUGGUACAAUGCAGAACACAUUUCUGGGAAUCAUGUGUCACAGUAUUGGGUAAUAAAGGGGAACACUGCUCAUUUUAAAGUAUCACUUAUCCCUUUAGCCCUAUGGUGUUUAACAGUUAUGUUUGAAUUUGUAAAUAUGAGCAAACAACCAGAAAUUUGGGGCUCUUAUGACUCAUCCCUACAUAAAAUGCAUCCUGGAGCUGUUUCAUUGACAGUAAUGUGAGACUGAGCUUUUACUCUCAAAUUAGCUGCAUUUCAUGAGUGUUAAUGAAGCAUGCAGAUAAUAUGUUCUCAUCCCAAAAUAACCUAGGUAUUUGUUACAGUUGUACGUAUGGCUCCCAGUUCUGUCAAGUUGAGUUUAUAGAGGCGGAAUCAAAUUUAUUCUGAGAGUAAAUUCAAAUAUCAGCACGUAUUUGACCUGCAUGUAGGUGCUGACAAGAGCCACACAUCUGUUAGAAAAUGGUGCUCCAGUGAAAAAUGGUGUCAGACACAUUUAGCGAGGCAGUUUUUCCUCCAGCGUGCACAGCUCUGGGAUGAUCAUAUUAAAUGCAUGAGAUCAUAAAACAAAUUCCAAUGUAAUAUCUUAAAUCACAGAUUAUGAGGCCAGUAAAUCUCUGCUCUCUUGUUUGCAGAUUUGGGAGCGAAUAAUUAAUGUAUCCUAAAAAUAUACUGAACUGACCCGGCGCAUAUACUGUGGAGUAAUCUGUGAAAAUCUGUGGUGUUCCCUCAGAGCCUCCCCAGUGUCUGAAACCAACUGCACUUGUGGAUUUUAUGGGCACAUGUUGCACUUGUGUUGAGUUAAAUAUUCAUGUAUUGUAACUGUACUCAAAAAGUGUUGUAACUAACAGACGCCAGCUGUAUUCAGAUGUAUUGUAACUGAAAGAAAAUGAGCUUUAAUGGGCAAUAUGGCAUGUCACAAAUGUGUAUUUUCUGGCAAACAUACAGCUUGAAAACACACUGACGAAUUGUAAUGAGUGUCUUUAUUUAUUUGUACCAGAACCAAAGCUCCUCACAAAAAAUUAGCUUAUAAUAUAUGCAAAGUUUGACACUCAGAGGAGUACAUCAAAGCACUACCCUGUGUUUUUUGUACCCUUAGAAACAUUUUCUUUAUUGUACAUCUGAAUACACUUAAAAAAUGUCUCCCAGUUGCAAUGUAUUUGAGUAGAAUUGCGAUAUAAUAAGAGUCCAUUGUAUCUCCAUGUAUUUCUGUUUGAAAUCCAGCUGAACAUCUGUCAGGUCUCUUCGACCCCAGGCCCAUAUACGGUUAAACAUAUUUUAAAUGACUGCUUAUUUUUAUACAAAUAUUUUCUCUCUUUUUGUUUUCUGUUACAAGAAAAUGCACUAUUGACUUCUACAGGUUAACAAUGAUGUCACUUUCUGAAAUGCACAGUAUGGUCACACGUGCAUAUAGCCAUAGACGUACAUUAAAAGCACCACAUGUUGAAGAAUCUUGCACUAUGCAUAGAUAUAGAGCAUACUUAGACAAUCUGUACAAAACGCCAACAGCUCAUCCUCUCAGUCACCAACCGACACUCAAACACGACACUUAAUAAUAAUAUUAUAACAUCCCGUAAAUGUUUAUUUGAAAUUUAACACCCAUGAAUAUUCAGAGGUACUUUUGUACCACAUUUUGGAUAAUUCAUUUUUCUAAAACUUCAUAUAUUUUUAAUUACAUGUGUUUGCCAGUGUCUGGGGGAAUACUGAGUGGAUUUUUGUGUAUUGCAUCACAAUGAAGAAGUCUCAUUAUUUGGCAUUGUUUGCUCUCAUCUGUUCGGUGCAGGGUUGAAAUCUGGCAAUGUGACUGCAAUUAGCAGCCUUUGUUUCUCUCUUUUUAUUGGGGGGUUGAUGGGUAGUGUUACAAAUGUUUUAAGGUCUCCAAGAGCUUUAGCUAUUAGAUUGAAAAGCACAACAAAUGAAUGCUUGAGUGGUUAGAGUUGUCUUUAUGCAUAAAAAUGUCCUAUGCUCUAAAAGGAAAUCUAAGCACAUCAUCCGGUCAUAAUGCAGUCGAACCGAUUUCCGGGUCAAUAGUGUGAGCAGCCCAGAGAUGGGACUUUCCCUGAGAGUUUAAUACACAGAGUAAAUUCACCUCAUAUGCAGUAUUAUGCACUGAACCUGUCAUCUUAACUCAGCUAAUUAGAGGACAUGGUGUAUCUGGACUCUGUCUGCAUGUCACCAUGUAUUACACUGCAGCAUUAGUCAUGCUGUUUAUCAAGUAUACAGUCUUGGUUUGUUGCCUUUCACAUGUUUCAGAGUCAUGCUGUGAUUCUUUUGUCACUUGACCUGUGUGUGCACUUUGGGAAAUUCAUCAGAACAAAUGAAAUGAAAUCGACACAGUGCAGCACGAUGUAAACCUGCACAGGUUUGUAUUUUGUUACAUGUACGUUUUUUCUUUUUUUUAAAAAAAAAAAACACAAUGUAUUGCUGUGAAGUUAGUGGUGAAAACACUGUAAACCUGCACAGACAUAAACACACAAAGGGUUUUUUAUUGUGAGCAGUGGCAGCAAGUGUGUGGUAAAUCUUGUGCAACCAAACUAAUGCGACAGAUGAGAAAAUAUCACAUCACAAAAAGAGCAAACAGUUGACUUUGCCAGUGUUUGGAGGAACACUUCUAACAUUUUAUUUGUCAUGUUUCUUACAAAGGCAACUGUGUGGUGAAACACACUGUAUAUAACAGACAUUUGUAAUAUGUUUUGCUCCUGCAGCUUUUUGUAAUCGAUGACCAAAUGCCGAUAUUUGUCACACGUGGGACUGCAAAUACUGAUAAUCCAAAAAUAUGUUCAAUUGAAACGUGACUGUCCUGUAUAUGUGUGCACAUGUUUAAUUUGCAAACAAGAGAUCCAGUUAGUGUCUUACUCUUACUCCGACGUUUAUGUUCGCUUCUGUUCAUUUGGUUUGGUUCUCAUAUGAAACGGUGAUUUUCUAUGUCAACCUCUGAUUUGUAAAUAGAACACAACAUCAGCAUUUCCAUGCAAACUCGCAUCGGCUCUGAAAAGCAAAAACCUGGUCUCUUAUUGCAAAAAAAAAACACAGUACAACUAGGAAUAUGUGGGGUAAAUAUAUCUGCA